AUGAUGAGUACGCAGAAUCAAGCUGGGCAUGGUGUGAUUCAAUCCUCAAUUGCUCUUUUGCAAGAGAGGUUCAAGGAGCUUCAAAGAGUGAAAGAAAUGAGAGAGAAAAAAGAGCUUCUUACCAUAUUUUCUGAUAAUAACCUAAUUAAUACUCCUAAUAAUUAUGGAACUCCUAUUUCUAAUAAUGAUGGUGAUGUUGUUGAUGUUGAUAAUGAUGAUAAUGAUGAUGAGCUUCAGAUUUUUCUACCACCUAAUUAUUAUUAUACCGGUCGUAAGCCAUCUUCCUAUUCUUCGUCAUCAUCAUCAUUAUCGUCGUCUUCGUUGUCGUCAUUGUUGUUAUCUCAUAAUAAUAAUAAUAAUCAUAAUUACCGUAGUAGUAAUAAUAAUCUAAAUGAGAUAUCCCUGUCUCUUUGGCCCUCUUCGACCAUGUCCACGUACAACAAUGCUAGUAGUACUACUAGUACGACGGCGGUUGCUGCGGCAGCGGCGGCGGCUGAGCAUAUUCGACGAGCAAAGAUCGAAGCACCGAUGUCGACGAUGAGUGUUAGUAGGACUUCUUCUUGUGUAUCGAGUGUUUAUAAAUUCGAGGAUAUCCAUGUUUCAGAUGUUGAUACUACUCUUCAUCUGUGA